CCAGUCAGGGACGAAAGUGGGCCCAGUAGCUGAGUCGGGGGAGACCCACAAUCGCUGGAGUGUAGGCCACGCCAGGCUGGCGAAAGCCCAGGCUGGUGUGUGCUGAGGCGGGCCGAGCUAGGGCAAGGAUGCCGAGCUGGUGCCUGUGGCGGUGUAGCAGGUUCUGGCCCAGAGUGGGCACUGGAUGGGUGGGAACCCAUGGAACUCUUGUUUCCUCCUGUGUGUCAGGGGGCUCUGACCCUGCAGCCUGGGGUCUGCUCCUCCAUGGGUGAACCUGUCCCCCCAAGAUGAGUGACAGCAAGGCCACCUUCUUCACUUUGAUGGGCCUGGGGCUCUGGAUGCUGACUCAGUCACGGGCCCUGAGGUCCAAGUUCUGCUCUGGGGUCCCAAACCCCGAGAGGGCCCGGGCCCUAGGGCUCUAGAGGUGCCAGGGGCUGUCCUGGCUCAUGUUCGGGCCCAGUGUCUCCUCUCCUGGCCAGUGUAUCCACUGGGCUGUCCUGUCCUCCAUAGGCACUGGGGUUAGCCAGCCCAUGAUGAGAGGGGGAGAGGCCUCUCCUCUCUCUCACAGUGCUGUCCACUAACCCUUGAACAGUGGCGGGCAGGCUGGCCCAAUGACACAGGCAGGGUGGACAGGAGCACCGCUCCGCAAGGGCUCCAGCUCUGUGGCCCUGGGUGUGUCUUCCUCCCCUAGUCAACCUUAGCCCCAGCCUCAUGGCUUACCACGGAUUCUGCCUACCAUGGAUUCUGCCCGAAGUCACCUGGUGUCGCAGAGCCUCCCCCAGAAUGACAGGAACAGCCUCCCUCGUGCUCCCUCCUUGAGAUGCCCUGCCUAGGGCUGGGCAGGGUCCUGGCUAAGGAUCCUUGCCCUCUUGCCAUCGCCAUCGGUCUGCAGGCUCUUGUCUUUUGGGAGGGAGGAGACCCAGCCCUGCUUGCAGGAAGGCAGGAGCCUCCUCCUGAGGCUGCCUGCGCUGUGGGGCUCCCGCCCUGACCCGAGGCUGCUGCCUCUACCGUGGUUCAUCCCUCUGUUUCGGGGGAUCAAGACAGGAUGCCGGGCUGCUCUCUGCCGAGCGGUCCCUUUAAAUCUCUGGCGCGCUCUUUCCAGGCUGCCUCCUGGUGUGUAAUUCCCACCUGCUGCCAUGGCAACCGAAGUGCUGGGACCUAGUCCGGGGGGAAGGAGGGUUUCCGGGUACAGGGUCUCAGAGGAGCGCGCCCCGUCCCUGCAGCGCCAGUGUCUCCCUCCCUGCGGUGACCCUCCCUGGCGCCAGCACCAGGUGGCAGUGGCAGCCUGCUGCAUUUGGGGGCAGCCCUGGGGGACCUGAGGCUUCCUUUGCCUGUGGCAGUAGCGGGGCCUCGGGUGUGGAGAUAAAUUGGGGCCCGGGCUCCCGGCCCGGGCUCCCGGCUGUGAACAGCAGGUCCUUGAGGGGCUUCUGCGCCGCCUCCUGCACUGGGCCGCCUCCGCUAGUCCCGCCCCUCUCUGAAGCGGUGCUGUCAUUGACCCCGCCCCUCCCUGAGGCGGCUCUGCCAUUGGCCCCGCUCCAUGGCGCCGAGCAGCGCCCCGCCCGCUCUCCUUGCCCGGGUCUUGGGCCCCGCGCCUCUGGGGACACCAUGGCCAGCAGCUCCGGCAGCGGGGCUUCCCUGGAGGGUCUGUCCCUGGGCUCCUCGGAGGAUGCGGAGCUGCAGAGGGAAGCCAUGCAGCAAGUCCUGGACAAUCUGGGGUCCCUGCCCAACACCACUGGGGCCGCAGAGCUGGACCUUAUCUUCCUCCGUGGCAUCAUGGAAAGCCCCAUUGUCAGGUCCCUGGCCAAGGCCCAUGAGCGGCUGGAGGAGACAAAGCUGGAGGCUGUGCGUGACAACAACCUGGAGCUGGUGCGGGAGAUCCUGUGGGACCUUGCCCAUCUGGCGGAGCGCAGCAGCCUGGCAGCCGAGCUGGCCCGCAUCCUGCAAGAGCCGCACUUCCAGUCCCUCCUGGAAACACAUGACUCAGUGGCCUCUAAGACUUACAAGACACCGCCGCCUAGCCCAGGCCUCGACCCCAUGUUCAGCAGCCAGCCGGUGCCGCCCGAUGCGGUGCGAAUGGUGGGCAUCCGCAAGACGGCCGGAGAGCACCUGGGCGUCACCUUCCGAGUAGAGGGCGGUGAGCUGGUCAUCGCACGCAUCCUGCAUGGGGGCAUGGUGGCGCAGCAGGGCCUGCUGCACGUGGGCGACAUCAUCAAGGAGGCCAACGGGCAGCCAGUGGGCAGCAACCCGCGUGCCCUGCAGGAGCUGCUGCGCAGUGCCAGUGGCAGCAUCGUCCUCAAGAUCCUGCCGAGCUACCAGGAGCCACACCUGCCACGCCAGGUGUUUGUGAAAUGCCACUUUGAUUAUGACCCGGCCCACGACAGCCUCAUCCCCUGCAAAGAGGCUGGGCUGCGCUUUUGUGCAGGGGACCUGCUGCAGAUUGUGAACCAGGACGAUGCCAACUGGUGGCAGGCUUGCCACGUGGAAGGGGGAAGCGCCGGGCUCAUCCCCAGUCAGCUGCUGGAGGAGAAGCGGAAGGCGUUUGUCAAGCGUGACCUGGAGCUGACCCAGACCUCAGGGACCCUGUGUGGCAGCCUCUCAGGAAAGAAAAAGAAGCGGAUGAUGUAUCUGACCACCAAGAAUGCAGAGUUCGACCGCCAUGAGCUGCUCAUAUACGAGGAGGUGGCCCGCAUGCCCCCGUUCCGCCGGAAAACGCUGGUGCUGAUCGGGGCACAGGGCGUGGGCCGGCGUAGCCUGAAGAACAAGCUGCUCCUGUGGGACCCGGAUCGCUAUGGCACCACGGUGCCCUACACGUCGCGGCGGCCCAAGGACUCAGAGCGCGAGGGCCAAGGCUACAGUUUCGUGUCCCGCGGGGAAAUGGAGGCUGACAUCCGCGCAGGCCGCUACCUGGAGCAUGGCGAGUACGAAGGCAACCUGUACGGCACGCGCAUCGACUCCAUCCGCGGCGUGGUGGCUUCCGGGAAGGUGUGCGUGCUGGACGUCAACCCGCAGGCUGUGAAGGUGCUGCGCACUGCUGAGUUUGUGCCCUACGUGGUGUUCAUCGAGGCUCCGGACUUCGAGACCCUGCGGGCCAUGAACCGCGCGGCGCUGGAGAGUGGGGUGUCCACCAAGCAGCUCACGGAGGCGGACCUGCGGCGCACGGUGGAGGAGAGUGGCCGCAUCCAGCGGGGCUACGGCCACUACUUUGACCUCAGCCUGGUCAACAGCAAUCUGGAGAGGACCUUCUGCGAGCUGCAGGCCGCCAUGGACAAGCUGCGCACCGAGCCGCAGGAGUCUCUCUGCUCAUCUCAGGCCGACCCUAGAGAUUCCCAGCAACUCUGCAUCACAGCAGUCCCUGUGCAGGGAUUCUCCAUCCUCACAUGGCAGCCUCUCCCUCCUCCGCUCCUGCUGCUCCUGCUGCUCCUGCUGAAUUUGAAGUCGUCUUCACAGGCCCCCCAGGGAGCUGAGCCAUGGUGUUCCCUUUUCAGUGGCAUGGGGACAGCGAUGACAGGACAGCAGUUCCUACCUACUUCAGGGCAGCCCCAGCUGAAGGACUUGUUAAGGGGAUAAACUUUAGUGGCUUUCAGCGACCCCUUGAAACAGCGCCCACUGCUCCUGGGAGGCACCCAAGUGGCAUCCUGGGCCCGCACACGUGGGUAUCACUUGCCUGCUGUGCAGAGGGCCAGAGCAGUGCAUGAGAAAGAGGCAGAGUUGAGGCAGAAUCUGGCCACAGUAGGAGGUCGCCAGGUCCCCCCCACCCCCAAUGCAGGAGGAAACUUCCUGCACAUCCUCAUUUUAAAAGAGCUCCCUCUGGUCUGGCCUGUCCCCGUCUUGAGGGAUGUGGGCAGUGUCACCUGGCUGGUCACUGAUCACACUGUCACGUCUGGAGUGAAUGGUGGACUGAGCUGCUGGAAGAAGCUGACAGCUCCACCUACUGGAAGUGUCGGGCCGGGUCUGAGGAAGCCUGGAGUGGACAGGGGACCUCGCCUGACCCCACCACAUCCCAGGGCCCGUAGCAGGAAGGAUCUUCAGGACCAUGAGGGGUUAAGGGGUUGAGAGCACAGGGUGUGGAGAGGUGGCUCACACAGCUUCAGGGCUGCAGUCUUUGGACCUCUGGACUCCCUGGGAGAGGGCAUUGGAUUCACGGGGGAGAAGCAACGGCUCUUACUGCAGGGGAAGGUGGACAGCUGGUCCCUGGAUGGCAGCAUCACGGGGACAGAGCAGCAGCCCUCCAGGGGAGGCCCUGUUACAGGCCCCAGGACCUCUAAGGACCUCAGGAAUUGUUUUUUUUUUUUUUUUUUUUUUUCUUAUUUUGGAGUUUUUGACUGAGUUUGUGUCCUGCGCUUGCAGUUUUUAUUAAAAGUUUAGUUUUAAAAUGAUAAUUUUUCUUGUCUCCUUGUCUCCUAUCUUUAUUUCUUCUGUCCUACCUCAGAAAAGCUUUUGCUUUGCGGCAAGCCUGCAUACACACCUUUUUGUUUUUAUAGACCUUGCCACAUAGCCCAGGCUGGUCUUGAGUUUAUAAUUCUCCUGACAGCCUCCAAGUGCUGAGAGUACAGUCCUGCAUGUUCAUGCUCCUCUUCAACUGUUUUUUUCUGACAUUGUGGCCUUGUUUAUUUUCUGGUAGGGUUGACACAGGCGACUCCUCAGCCCUGAGAAUCUCUGCCCGUGUCUGAGCGUCUUCCUCCUCACGGAGGAUAUUGCUAAGUAACCGGCUUCGGGUGCUGUCCCCUUGCCUGGCCUAGCCCUCCUGGUGGCCGGUCACACCUGCGUUGGAGGGGAAGUGACAGACAGCUGCAGUCAUAGGAACCCUCUGUAGCCAAACAGAAGUAACGGGUGCGCAGCAAACUCCACCCCUCUGCAUUGUGAGACCAGCAGCUGUUUGCGAUUUUACAGGAUAAAAACCCUGCCCUUUAGCUGUUAAGCGCUCAGUCUUCCAUAUUGGCUACUGGAGGCUGUGUCGCCAGGUCUGUGCUUUAAUAAAUAAUUUUUCCUUUCCAAAGUAUUUUUUCUGGCUCCUUCAUACCUCAGGAAGCGGGGGACCACCACCCGAGGAAGAGCAGAGCUGGGGCUGAGUUUAACAGGCGGAGCCUAUGCUGAGUUAAUCUGGCCCAUUCUGCGGCUGACUGCACUUGAAACCGUUAGAAUUUGCACAGGCAGGAGUGACAAAGUUCACAAGCAAACCGGAAAGGAAACUAACGGAAAGCCGAUACAGCUGUGCGGCUGUUUAAAAGCGUGAAGCCAGUGCGCAUGACUGAAAGCGGAAAGCGCAUUAUUCCGCGUGUUUCUUUUGUUAAAGUCUGAAAGUGACACGGCGCCCACUGGGACAAAGGACAUGCAAAAUGUGGGGCCAUUAGCCUGCUACCCUUUAAGAGUGGGGUUCGUGUUUCUCUGAGACCCAGGCCCUUCAUCUAGGCCUCGGAUGCCCUGUAGGAAACGGAGGGCGCAAGGCAAGACCUUCACUGUGCAGCCUUCAUUGCCUAAAGCUUUAGUUUCAGCUGUCGCCGAAGGUAGCGCCUGGGCGGUCGCGUGGCAGGGGAGAACCGCCACAGCACGCGGCGGUUCCGCACUUGUACGCGGCCACUCCACGGGCCUUGCGCAAUCCAGCGUGGACUGUGUGACGCGACUGCAUUCCGGUCUCGCGGAGGCACCGAGGCGCGGCCUGGGCAGAAGAAACGCGCACUGGGGCGGGGCCGGAAGUCCCGCCCCCUUUGGACUCCGCCUUCCAAGCCACCGCCUGUUCGCCCGGCUGUGUGCCGCUUUCUCCGUCAGGCCCUGACGGAAGCUCCUACUGCCCUGUGAGCUGGCACAGACGCGCCCUCCUGGAAGCAGCAGGGGCCAGGUGCUGCUGGGUCAGGAGGCGACAGGGGCAGCUGGGACUCGAACUGGGAGCUCCUUACCGAGACUGUGAGGAGGACCUUUUCACCACGCUGCAUCUCCACAGCCAGCAGUGCUGAAAGAAACCCAGGAGGGCGCAGGUGAGGCCAGGCAGCUGCCCCAGUAGCAGGGCCCUGGUAGAGGGACAAAGGAGCCCCUUCAGGGCUCAGACUGGCAACUCCACAUGCUGCCCCUCCAAGGACCAAGGACCAAGGCCUGGUGCCCACUCCCUGCCGCCGGGCAGAGAGGGCUCUCUGUGGGGGCCUCGUGGGGCUUUGGGUCACCAUGGUUCUCCAAAGGGCUGCUGCCCAGAGGGGAGGGGCUUUGCUCAGGCCGGUGGUCGGGACAGGGGCAUUUUGGCUUUUUGUUUUUGUCAUGCUUUGUCUUCCUGACACAGGGGUAGUAGUAGUCAAGGCUGGCCUUCAGCUUGCAGGCCUCCUGCCUCAGCCCCUCCAGUCCCACUGAGAUACACAUGGUGACAGGACAGGUGUGGGGACUGAGGUCUGAAGGGCAAGGUGCUUGUGGCUUUGGGGCUGUGGUUGGGAUGUGACCCCGUGCCCUCCCUACUCCUCUGAGGGACCCGGGGACAUGGGGACAGUUCCCAUUUCUCCCUGGGGUCCUUCAUGGGGGCACCUCCUUCCUGUCUACUACUGUGGAGCUCUGCAAACUUAGGGCAAGUGGCUUUCUGCCUCAGUUUCCUCCCUUGGAGGAUUCCAGAAGCAUCAGUAGCCAUAGAACCGUGCCCAUAGAACCGUGCCCGGCUCCCAGCACCCCAGGGUACCCCAACUUCACUCAUUCUCCCAGUCUGUGCUGGCACCUUGGGGGCUGCCCACAGCCAGCAGGGACCAGAUUGCAGCUCCUCCAGGUCACAGCGGCCCUAGCCCAGUGGUAUGUAGGGGCACGGGCCACAGGUCACUCCUACCUAGGUUCUUCUGAGACCCAGUCUCAUAUGUUGUUCAGGCUGGGCUCAGACUCCUAGGCUCAAGUGAUCGCCCUGCUUCAGCACCCUGAGCAGCUGCGGCUAUGCCCUGUACCUCCGGGGCUGGCUUUCAUUAAUCAUUUCCUAUUAUCGGGGCUGGCUCUCUGGGAGGCUAGGCAAGACAACUACAAGUUCAAGCUCACCCUAGGCAGCGUGGUGAAUUAUAAAACCUUACAUGAAAAUGAAAAAUAAAGCAGGUCUGGGGAUGCAGUUUUGGAUGCUGAGUUAAGCUACCCUGGAGGCGGCCCCCAUUUAACACAUAUCUGGGUUUCCCCACCCAGCUCAAAGCAGAGCCCAAAAACCUAGCCUGGUGCCUUGCUGUCCCAGGGGUGGGCACUGAGCUCGACCUGCACCCUGGUUGGGCCCUGUACACAGAGCUGGACCUGCAGAGGGGACACUGCCUUGCCAGGGUCAGGCGGACAUGGCCAAGUGCUCAGACAGACACGCAAGUGAAGGCUGCCCCGGCCGGGGCUGUGGGACCUGUGCAGGGGAGUGGCUGGGCUCAUACACCGAGCCCCUGUCCCAGGUGGGGACCUCUCCUCCGUCCGCCAGACCACACUCACCUGACUUCCGAGCCCAGAACAUGUGGGCACCCAGGGUGAUGAGGCCCAUGGCCAGCAGGAGGGACAGGAGCACCAGGACCGGGGCCAGCAGGCGGACCGUGGGGAUGGACAUGCUGGGGAGAGAUGGGGCACGGAGGCCGUCACCAGGGAAGCCCUCUGCGUCCCUGGGCUGGAGUCACUGCAUGGACCUGAGCCAGCUGAGCCAUGCCAUUCCACUGCCGUCUACGCUGUGCACUGGCCAGGGGACCUGACAGGACACUGUCCUUUGCUGUGGGGCAGCCAUAUAAGGACCCCAGGGCUGUGACAGUGCAGCCCCGGCCCUCCCUGCAUCACCAGGCAGGAAAGCUCAUUCACAUCGGGAAACUGACACGGAAGCUGUCAUGUGGUAAGACAUGGGGAUGCAGGGUCUAGGAGGCAACUGAGUCCCUGUCCCCCUGGAGAGCAAAGGGCAUGGGGACCCUGGUGCCCACCAGCCCAGCUGUAGAUGCCCAGUGCCAGGCAGGGGCCCCCAGUGCCCACUGCCGAUCCUGCUAGCAGCUACCUGCACCCCAGAGACCUGUCAGUACCCCUCUAGGCUGGUCUGCAGCUGGGGAGGGAAACAAUGCUGGGUGGAGCUCCCCCUUUUUGGGGGUCUUUUUGAGACAAUGUCUUGCUAUGUGAUUCAGAUUGGCCUUGAACUCACUACUGAGACCAGGCUAGCCUUGAACUCACAGCGAUCCUCCUGUCUCAGCCUUCCAAGUGCUGGGAUAAUGGGUGCGUCACAACUUAGCACAGGUUUCUGUAUUUUAUGCAUGGCAAAGCACUGAUGCAACACCUGCAGGCAAAUGUCACUGAAUCGGGGUGGCUGCAUCUGAGGCCAGGCAGGGAGAGCAGUGGGGAUGGACCAGCCUGGACCUUUCACCUCAGGCAGACUGUGUCCAGGGCAGUGGGGCUGCCAGGUCCUGUGGUUUGGGAUGCACACUGCUCAAGAGCCCAUCUGACAGCGGCAUGGGGGCUGAGAUGUGGCCCCUAUCCAGGGGGUCGCCUGGGCUCACCUGGCCAUGGAACCGUGGCUGCUGGAGACAGGACUGGGGUCCCCUGCUGGCGUGGAGGAGGAGGAGGAGGGGUCAGGCACCGUGGCUGGGCUAGAACUCCCUGUGGGAGGAGACGUGGCCGUGGCAUGAGGAGAAGUGGCUGUCUCUGUAUGUGGCAGUGCCUUGGCCCCACUGUGCCCCAGCCAGGGGGUAGUUGGACUGCUGGACCUCAGUCAGGAGAAGCUAUGGUCCGAAAGCCAUGGCUUAGCACUCCUGAGCCAGGCUGACCCUUGAAUCCUGAAUUCUGGCCUCAGGGACCAAUGUUUUGGAGGUCUUGGGCAAGAGCCACCUCUCAGGCAGGGUCAGGUGGGGCCAUGAAGAGCCAACCGGCAGGUGCUGGGCACAAAAUACUCGGUUCUCACCCAGGCCUGGGUGAGGGGCAGUCACAGCUCCAUCCACCCAACCCACACCAGUGUCCCCAGAACCACCUGGAGGAAAAGCACUGGGCCACAGCUCCAGUGAGUGCUGGCAUCAGCUGUGUUCACCUCCCAGCUGCUCGCCUCCUGAGACCUUGACUGGUGACUCCAGCCCUGAGCAGGAUGUCUGGGUCACGGUGGUGCUGGUAAACCUCAGGGCCUGGCACCAGGCAGCACCUCCCAUCAUGUUACAAAGCUCCACUCACUGGGUGUGGGGGGCCGCAGGGGCUGGGCUCCCGCCCUGGGCUGCAGGCUGGCGGUGGUGGCCGGAAGGGCCUGGAAAGAGGGGUCAGGGGAGAGUGGGCAGCAGGCCCUGGUGGUGACCAUGGAUCUCUCUGCUCCUGGAGGAAAGGGGAGGUCUGCCUCAGUCUCCCCGUCAGCCCACCUUCCACAUGCAAGGAUCUUGUUUCUAGAUAAACAGUGGUCCUGUGUGUCCCCCUACCCUUCGUGAGGACACUCGACACCACUGCCCCAGGGUGCCAACCCUCAGAGCUGCCAGCCACCUGGCUCCUGGGCAUCCCCUGGCAGGGCCCGUCCCUCUCAGCUCUCCCACUGCGUUAGCACCAGCCCACCGCUUGGCUCUCACCAUGGAGGUGUGGACCCCUCCUCAUCCCCCAUGGAACUACCCACACCCCAGGGGGCUGCUGCCUUCUGUCUGCAGCUCCCAGCUGUCACCAAGAGAGGCCAGUGAGGUGUGAUCCGGAGGGUCACAUGAUCGUGUGUGUCAAACUGGAGAGAGGAGCAAAAUGGGGAGCCUCAAAAACAGAUGGAAUUGGUCACAACUGAGCCCCAGAAGUACUGGAAGGGAUCAGAAAACGCUAAGAAAACAGGUCAGACUGAAAGUGGGAUUUUCAUUUUCUUUUUAGUGGCUUUAGGGACGGAGGUCGGGGACUCAGGACACCACCAGGCAGGUGCUGUGGCCCAUGAGGUGCAGCUAGGGGCCCUCAGCAAGUUCAAUGCUAUUUCCCGGAAUUAAAAGAAAGCCUUGAGGAAGACACACACCUGGCCCUAAGGGCCCCUGCCAAACAGAAGGGGAAGUAAGAAAAGCAGUGCCACCAACAGCCUGGGGCAAAUCCCGGGGCAAGUCCCAGCCAUUCAGGACCCAGGUGCCUCGGUUUCCCAUUUGUGGGACAGGCACCGACCUCAGGCAGAGAUACUGCUGCCCUGGGCCCUCUCUGGCUUCUUGCCUCUUGGCUCAUUGGUCAGGAUGGGCUCCUAGACUCCUGGGAGCCCCCUGCUCCUGGCCUUGGGCUUACAGGCUAGGGGAGAGCAGCCAGUGUGGGAGUCGGUGUGCGCAGGGCUAAGGGGUCCCCAUGAGUCCCAAGGUGCCCCGCAAGGCUGCACUGGCUUGGCCACCCUAGCUUCAUCGUUCCAGCUGCAAAGGCGAGGUUGCUUACUUGGGAAAACAGUCAGGGAGACCUCGAACCAUUCUUCCCGGCCCAGCUUCUGUGCUCCGCACCAGUACUUCCCGGAGUCUUUCAGCAUGAGGUCCCUGAGGGUCACUGUGAAUGCUAGCUCUGAGGGGCUGUCCCGGAAGGACACCCGGUUUUUCGUGGCCUCCCGGCUGUCCUCUCCCACGAUGAUUUUAUCGGAGCAUCGAGAAAUGAAGAGCCCACCCUCCCUGCACCAGUACUUUGUGCGGGUCCGCUGCUCCUCCCCGUAGGUGCACCGCAGGGUCACCGUCUCGCCCUCGGACCCGCUCAGCUCCUUCGGGCAGGACAGGGUGGCAGAAGCUGAAACAUGACCCAAACCAGGCCCAGCAUCAAGGCCAGCCCAGAACCCUCUGCCUCAGUGGCUCGGGCAGGACUGUGGGGAUGCUGGAGGCCCGCUGGGGUCCGCAACCGCACCCUGAGGCGCAGCCAGCAGCUGAGGUCACUGCCUGACUUGGAGUGUUAAAGGCAAAGGAAAAGCUGGCUCUGGGGAGACCCAGCGAGGGUCAUAAGCCAGGCAGGGCGGGGUCACCGGCUGGCCGGAUCCUCAGAGCACGGCCAGGGGCUCCGAGGUUCAGGAACGCAACUGGGUCCCUGGGGCCUGCGCAGCACGCAGACACGAAGGAGAUCCUCUUUGCACCCCAAGACGGCCGGCCAAGCGCUCCCCAACCCCCGACCCCAACCCCGCUUACCCCGGAGCGCCAGGCAGCCCCACAGCAGCACCAGCGCGCGCAUCGCAGCGGAGCAGGCAGAGGACAGGUGAGGUCUGCUUGGCUCAAGCUUCCCGCCGGGUGGCGGGGUGCGGGGCGAGGCGGGGAGUCUCGGGGGCGGGGCAUUGUGGGCGCAGUCCCGAUCGACUCGGCUCCGCCCACUUCCCUGGCAGCUCCAGGCCCGCUGUGGAUUGGGGAGCUCUGGGCUCCGGGGGGCUCCUGCAUGGCCUCUGCGGUCGCUGCUGCACACUCAGGGACGUCGCAUAGCGCGACGCUCCUAGGCGAGCAUUUCAUCUGCGGGUGUCAGGCUGAUUACCGGGAUGCCCGGUGCAGAGCUGGGGACCACCCCACUCCAAGCAUAGUCCUGGGGCAUAGGGCUACUCUCAGCUACCGGGCUGGGCACACAGGAGUCUCGAAGCCCCCAGGCCUCAAUGCCUGGGUCAAAAGUACUCCGCCUUGGCUUUGGGUUUUUAUUGCAAGGUGCAUAGAGAUUGUAAAACAAAAUAUUUACAAAACGGAGAGAGAGCAGAAUAACCACUCUACCGGGGAACCUGGGGUCCCUGUGUCCCUCAGUCUCUGUGCCCGGAGACACUGGAGGCUCGUGGCCAAAGCGCCUGACACAGGCCCAUCACCUGCUGCCCCUCUGCUUCCGGGCUCUGCGCCCGCCGCUGUUACUGACAGGCGGCAACACUGCGUCACAGGGCCCUGUCUUAUGCCCUGGGCCUGGAGCCGCUCCUGUGUGUGCAUAAGCCACAAAAGGUAAGGUUUAAACCAGUUAAAAAACGAAGUAAAUAAUAUUGAUUCUAGCAUUUCACAAGGUAUCUCUGCUGUUUAGUCCUUACACCGUAUAAUAUGUAAUCAUCUCUUUCUUUCUUCCUCUCUUAAUUUUUAAAAUUUUUGACAACAGGGUCUCACCGACCUCACCCACAUGGCCACGCCCCCACCUGCCACACCCACGGAGUGGGAAAAGAAAACCCCAACCCAGCUGGCAGACUUUGUCCAUCCAUCAGCUCCCCCAUUGUAGUUGGUUUUGAACUCAUUGUGUAACCCAGGCCGGCCUGGAACUCACUGCCAUCCUCCUGCCUCAGCCUACCCAUUGCUGCCAUUACAGUUGCGGGCGGUGACGCCAGCUUCUUUUUUCCUAAUGGUAAUUUACUCAUUAUGAGCAGGGACCAGCAUGACACCUGGGUCUGUUUUCUAUUGUCCAGGACACUGAGUGCUGAUAUUUUGAGGUAUGUUAGCUGGGGCAUUGUAUUUUGAUGUAAAAGAGAUGAAGUGUGGGAGAAGUUGUGCUGAUUGCAAUGUCCUUCCAGGAGAGUGGUUGGAGCCGGUGCGAGCAGUGUUGGACCCAGGGCUGCAGACUCCACACCUAACAUCCAGCUACAGUGGGUGGAGGGAAUUGGAGAAGGAGCUCUGGAAGUUUCCAAGAACAGUAUGUGAAUUCACCUGGCACAGAACCCUCAACAGAGCCCCACGGGACUCUACAUGUUGUCCCAGGGGCCCAGAGACUGCUUCCGGUGGACAUGAAGGGUAGAUAACUGGGUAUGCGGCAAAAUCUCAGAAACCCUGACACCAAAUGCAAGAUGACACCUUGGGUUGUGGCUCAGGACAGAGGAAGGUGUCAGUGGGGGAACCAGGGAGCUCCAGAUGAAGCCCAGGGCCAACAGCCAGGCUCCACGCAGUGUCCACAUCUCAGCUGGAGCAGCAUGCGGUACUUGGGGCUGGGAGGCUCUUGUGAGCUCUCCCGAUGCACUUGCUACUCUGUCUGUAGAUGGAAAUUUAUCCUGAAAUAUAUGGUUUGUUUGUUUGUUUAUUUA